CUUUAAUUCCAUCAGAUAUUUGCAGGACUGUUAAUGGUCUUCUUAAAACUGCUCUUGGUCCACCUCCUGGUUCCACUACUACAUUGUCUCCAGUCCAAGAUAUUACAUUUCGUUCUGAAUCGGUGAAAUGCUUAGUUACAAUUAUAAAGUCAAUGGGGACGUGGAUGGACCAACAACUGAAGGUAGGGGACCCCAAUCUAGAUAAGGUGUCUGAUCAUGAAGUGCCAGAAGCCGCUACCAGUGUUAGUGAAGAGGGAAAUAUUAUUGACUACGAGCUGCAUCCGGAAGCAAAUUCUGAAUUUUCUGGUGCUGCUGCCUUGGAGCAGCGCCGUGCUUAUAAAUUAGAAAUACAGAAAGGUGUUUCCCUGUUCAACAGAAAGCCUUCAAAGGGGAUUGAUUUUUUAAUGAGCACCAAAAAGCUUGGCAAUUCCGCAGAAGAUGUAGCCUCUUUUCUGAAGAACACGACCGGAUUAAAUCCAUCCAUUAUUGGUGAUUAUUUGGGUGAAAGAGAGGAGUUUCCUCUGAAAGUUAUGCAUGCAUAUGUCGAUUCUUUUAAUUUUGAAGGUAUGGACUUUGGUGAAUCAAUCAGAUAUUUCCUUAGAGGGUUCAGAUUACCUGGUGAAGCUCAGAAGAUUGACCGUAUAAUGGAGAAGUUUGCAGAGCGCUAUUGUAAAUGCAACCCAAACUCUUUUACCAGUGCAGAAACAGCUUAUGUGCUUGCUUACUCUGUGAUAAUGCUCAAUACAGAUGCACAUAAUAGCAUGGUGAAAGAUAAGAUGACAAAAGCUGAUUUCAUCCGGAACAAUCGAGGGAUUGACGAUGGGAAGGACUUACCUGAAGAUUAUUUGGGUGCUCUCUAUGACCAAAUUGUGAAAAAUGAGAUAAAGAUGAAUGCAGAUUCUUCUGUGCCGCAAAACAAGCAGGGUAACAGUCUUAAUAAGCUUUUGGGUUUGGAUGGUAUACUGAAUCUAGUAUGGAAACAGAGAGAAGAAAAACCACUGGGUGCCAAUGGGGUUCUUGUGAGGCAUAUUCAAGAGCAGUUUAAAACAAAAUCUGGAAAAUCGGAGUCUAUCUAUUAUGUCAUUGCAGAUCCAGCUAUAUUGAGAUUUAUGGUAGAAGUCUGCUGGGGUCCCAUGCUUGCUGCUUUCAGUGUCACCCUAGACCAGAGUGAUGAUAAGAAUGCCACUUCUCAAUGUUUGCUGGGGUUCAGGCAUGCUGUGCACAUUACAGCUGUGAUGGGUAUGCAGACGCAGAGAGAUGCUUUUGUCACAUCUAUGGCAAAGUUCACUUAUCUUCAUUGUGCUGCAGAUAUGAAACAAAAAAAUGUUGAUGCAAUGAAAACAAUAAUGUCGAUUGCCAUUGAAGAUGGGAGUCAUCUUCAUGAAGCUUGGGAGCAUUUUUUGACGUGUCUAUCUCGAUUUGAGCAUCUGCAGCUGCUGGGGGAGGGUGCACCAUCUGAUUCCUCUUUUUUUACUACCUCGAACUCUGAAUCUGAGGAAAAGACAUUGAAGUCAGCUGGAUUUCCAUCACUGAAGAAAAAAGGGACACUCCAAAAUCCAACUGUUGCUGCUGUUGUUCGAGGGGGUUCAUAUGACAGCGCAACUGUUGGAGCUAACUCUCCAGUAUUGGUGACUCCAGAACAGAUAAAUAACUUCAUUUCAAACUUAAACUUACUUGAUCAGAUCGGCAACUUUGAACUAAAUCACAUAUUUGCUCAUAGCCAAAGGCUGAACAGUGAAGCAAUAGUUGCUUUUGUCAAGGCCCUUUGCAAAGUUUCGAUGUCAGAACUACAGUCUCCAACAGAUCCCCGUGUAUUUAGCCUUACAAAAAUUGUUGAAGUUGCGCACUAUAACAUGAACCGUAUCAGAUUAGUGUGGUCCCACAUAUGGAGUGUUCUUUCAGAGUUCUUUGUGGCUGUUGGUUUGUCAGAAAAUCUUUCAGUUGCAAUUUUUGUCAUGGAUUCAUUGCGACAACUUGCUAUGAAAUUUUUAGAACGAGAGGAACUGGCGAAUUACAACUUUCAGAAUGAAUUUUUGAGACCAUUUGUUAUUGUUAUGCAGAAAAGUAAUUCUGCUGAAAUCAGGGAGUUGAUAGUUCGUUGUAUUUCCCAAAUGGUUCUGAGUCGUGUCAAUAAUGUAAAAUCUGGGUGGAAGAGUGUUUUUAUGGUUUUUACAGCUGCUGCUGCAGAUGAAAGGAAGAAUAUUGUGUUGCUGGCCUUUGAAACCAUGGAAAAGAUUGUACGGGAAUAUUUUCGUUAUAUUACUGAGACUGAAACAUUGACUUUUACUGAUUGUGUUAGAUGCCUCAUCACCUUCACAAACAGCAGAUUCAACAGUGAUGUUAGCCUCAAUGCUAUUGCUUUUCUCCGUUUCUGUGCUGUUAAACUUGCAGAAGGGGGCCUUGUUAGCAACGAGAAAAACAACAAUAAUGAUUCAUCUAUUCCAGUGGCCGAAGAUGAGGCUUCAGAUGGGAUGUUCUUCACAGAUAAAGAUGAUUAUAUGUCUUUCUGGGAGCCUCUGCUCACAGGGUUAUCAAGAUUGACUUCAGAUCCCCGAUCAGCUAUCAGAAAGAGUGCAUUGGAAGUUCUUUUCAAUAUCUUGAAGGACCAUGGCCAUCUCUUUCCACACCUAUUCUGGAUUAAUGUCUUCAAGUCUGUAAUCUACCCAAUAUUCAGUCCAGUAAACGAUAGCACAGAAGCUCAAGUGAAGUAUGACCAGUCUUCAUUUAAAUCCAGAUAUAUACCACUGGAUGGAUGCUUAUGGGACUCUGAAACUUCUGUGGCGGCAGCUCAAUGUUUGGUGGAUCUAUUUGUUAAUUUCUUUGGUAUGGUGAGGUCUGAAUUGCCAAGUGUAGUGUCUAUAAUGGUAGGAUUUAUAAAAGGUUCUGGCAAGGAUCCUGCAACCACUGGGGUAGCUUCUUUAAUGCGUUUGGCAGGUGAUUUGGGAGGCAAAUUUCGUGAAGAGGACUGGAAAGUUAUCUUUCUAGCUCUGAAAGAAGCUUCAAAUUCCACUCUACCCAAUUUUCCUAAGCUUUUGAGAACAAUGGACGGCAUUGAGAUACCCAUUAGUCAGUCCGAUAAUGAUAUGGAGUUUUCUUCUGGGGCUGGAUUAAUAAAUGACGAAUCAGAGGAUGACAACCUGCAUACUGCACGAUAUGUUGUUUCAAGAAUGAAGGAUCAUAUAGCGGCUCAGUUGCGCAUCAUACAGGUGUCGUCUGAUCUCUACAAGAUGUGUCGGCGAUCAGUAUCAGCUGAUACUAUCAAUAUCCUCCUUGGUAUUUAUUCAUCUGUUACUUCUCAUGCCCAGCAAUUGAAAUCCGAGAAAGGUGUACAAGUGAAGCUGCAAAAAGCAUGCUCUAUCCUUGAGAUACCAGAACCUCCGCUGGUGUAUUUUGAAAAUGAGUCCUACCAGAAUUACCUCAACUUCUUGCAUGGGCUGCUUGUUAACAAUUCAUCAUUGGUUGAAAAGAGAAAUAUAGAAACGGAACUUGUGGGUGUAUGUGAAGAAAUUCUACGCGUAUACUUGGACUGUGCUGGAUUGAACUCUGUCAAGAGGAAACCAGAUGAUAAGGCAACAUACCUGUGGAAUCUUCCUUUGGGUUCAGCUAAGAAGGAAGAGCUAGUAGCAAGGACUCCCUUGGUUCUAUCAGUAUUACGCAUUCUGUGCAGUUGGCAAAGCGAUUCUUUUAGGAGAUACAUUUCUCAGUUGUUCCCGUUAAUGGUAGAUCUUGUUCGGAGUGAGCAUAGCUCAGGAGAAGUUCAGCGUGAGCUCAGUCAUUUUUUUCAAUCCUGUAUUGGCCCCAUUAUUAUGAAAUUGUGAUAUAUAUAUAUAUAUAUAUACACCAUUUACUGAGCUAUUCUAGGCUGCCUUGGCCAUUUCUUAGCCAUUUAACUGACCAUAAAGAUUGCUACUUCCUGAUUUUCUUUGUACUUUAGGCAGCCUGAAAAUUUUGUUUCUAGGCUCAGAAUCUGAAAUUUUGUAAGCAUUAAAUCUUUCUAUCCAGAGGCUCGUUUAUAUUUAA